ACAGAUAGCAAGUGAUACACUGAGACAGUGACUUCAAAUAUGGGGAUGGGGAAUGUACUUCUCCUAUCACAAGUUAUUGCGUUUUUAGUGUCAUUUCUUGGUUCUUUUUUUAUUUUUAUUCCGGUGUCAAUAAACUUGCAGGAAUUUGAUGGAAAUUGUUUACUUGGAGCAAAGGGGACUUGGAACUACAGUUCAGAUGUAAAGAGUGUGAUUCUUAUGAACAUCGAAUGGGGUCUCUACAGUGACUGUGGAUUUUCUGUAUUCGUUGGCGUUAUUAUUAUGAUCAUCUCAGUGUUUUACAUCAUAUGGCAAUCAGUUUAUUUGUUCAAAAACACUGACAGUUCCUGGUUGGAUGCCUUUGUGACCUGUAUUGUGUGUAUCACUGUGUGCCUGCUGCUGUUUAUCUGUGCCCUGGUUCUCAGUGUGGGCUACAACACAUGGUGCCACACCUUAACAGGAAGAAAAUCUCCUUAUCUAAAAUGUGAAGAUACAGAGAUGAAUGUAUUUAUCACCGAUUCAAACAUUUACACAAAGAAUAUGUUUGCAGAAUUCAACAUGGCACAGUUUGGUGCCUGGCUGUGUUGGAUCUGCUGGCUGGUUCUGUCUGUGUUGUCAGUCAUUAAAGUUUACCAUUACCACAAAAAAGAGGCCUUCCUCUCCAGCAUGACUCGGGAACGACAGCGACUCUUACAGAGUGUGGGACAUAGAGAGCCCAUGGUGCUUUAACUGUGUGGAUUCCAUGCUGAUUGAUCAGACUAUAAAGUGACCACUGUGCUAUGUGUACUGCAAGAUCCUUGUGACUAAAUAUAAGGCACCCUGUGUCUAUUAUACCCACUUUUGAGAAGAACCUAGCAACUGUAAUGAAAAUAUUUUUAGUACGUUUUUUGAGAACUCAGUUGGGAAGGGGAUAUGUGAUCAAAGAUUUUCAAUCUUUAAGUGAUUUGUUUGUCUGUUUUAUCUUAUUAUUUGACUUCUUGUUGUGGUUCACAUGUCCAUUUUUAUAUAGCUAAACUUCAUAUUUGUAAAGGCAUAUGGGGGGGUGUUAUUCCAAAUAGAAUAAAAAAUACGCUUUUUGUUAUUGCAUGUAAAAGGUCAAUGGAUCUUUAAAUUUAGAACUUCAAAAAGAAAAUAAUCUUUAGACUUUUCUAUGACAACUUUAAGUUCUUAAAUACUGUUUUCUUUGACAUGCAAAGUAAUUUUGUGAAGAGGGAAUGACACAUAAUUACUUACAUUCAAAGUUUUAUCGUAUCAUGAUGAUGGACAGAGAGUUAAAUAGUAGAGAGAGAGGGAAUCAAGUUUCUUUUUUUUAAUAUGAAUUCCAAUAUAAAGGAGACACAAUGGUAUACCAUAACUCAAAGCUCACCAAGUUAAGAAAGGGUAAGAUCAAACUUAUCUAAGUACAAAGGACUUUAUUAUUAAGCACAUCAAAGACUAGCUCUUAAUACUCCAAUAUAAUAGGGUUUUUUAUGCUGAGUUACUAGAGUAUUUAUUUAUAGUCAUUGUUAUACUGUGAAGAUAUUUAUAAAUACUCAGUUGUGCUAUUGUUGGUGUUACUUGAUAUUACAUAAUGUGUUAAACACUGAAGCUUUGACAUACAUGUAUGACAUACUCACAAAUUGCAAAUUUCCUGUUUCAUAAAUUUUAAAAUACUACAAAUUUAGACAUAAAUAUAACAAUACUCAUUUUUGUAUCCAUGUCCUGAAUAUGCACACACACCCUCAUAUUUUUUUCCAUGUACCUUGGUACAUUGUUAAAAUUUAACCUUUAUAUAUGUGAAAAGAAAGUACCAUUUACAUAAUUUUAAAAGUGUUAUACAUUCUAUGCAAGACAUUCAUUUGUUACUAAGUCUCAGUUCAUUUGCUUGGUAAGAGGGAAGGAAUCUACUUUAUAUGUAAGAAAAUAUAAUAGUUGUCUAUCUGCUGUAUUGUAAUUUCUUCAAUAAAUGUAUUUCCUGGGAUGCAUAAUUCAUUCUCUGAUAUUAAGGGAAAAAUAAUUGUCAGCAUUUUAUGGAGAGGAAAAAGUGUUAUUAAGAUAAAAUAUUAAGUAUAUUUUUAAGUAAUGCAAAGUGCAGUUGUAUCAACUUGUCUGUGAAUCUGCCAUAUUAACCAAUAUCCACUUGUAGAUUUUUUUUUCAAUUAAUUGUAUAUGUCAUGGGCAUUCAUUUGGUUUGAACAUCAAUACAUGAAUCUAUUUUAGAAUCUCACAAUGUAAACUUUGUUAAUAUCUAUAUGUAUGAUUUACUCACAUACAAAUAAACAAACAUUUAUA